AUGCCUGGUGUACGGGACGUUAGCGCGGACUCUUUCAUCGCAGCAUAUGCUGCCCACCUCAAGCGAUCUGGCAAGCUUGAGGUCCCAACAUGGGUUGAUAUCGUAAAGACGGGUCACUACAAGGAGCUUGCACCGUAUGAUCAAGAUUGGUUCUACGUUCGGGCUGCCGCCGUUGCACGUCACAUCUACCUCCGCAAACACGUCGGCAUAGGCCAACUCGCAAAACUACACGGUGGUCGCAACAGGCGCGGGAACCGACCUUCACACCACGCCAACGCGAGCACGAAUGUGCAACGUAAAAUCUGUCAAUCACUCGAGAAAAUCGGUGUGCUCGAGCAAAAUGACAACGGCGGCCGCUCAAUCUCCCAAGAUGGCCAGCGUGAUCUUGACCGAAUCGCUACUGCGGUCGCAGAGCAGCAGCGCGAAGAGGAAGAGGAGGAAGAUGAUGAAGAAGAGGGUGAGGGCGAAGGUGAGGGUGAGGAGGAAGAGGAAUGA